AUGGCAAGAUUUUGGUUUUUUACUCAGUUUUUAGCUCUGUGUUUCUCAGCUUUGUUUCCUGCCUCUGAAUCCAAUGCAAUUAGAGCGCCUCAAAGUCACCAAGCUGCCGGGGUCUUCAUGCUGAUUGAGGGAGGAAAGUACACGUUGAACUUCACCGCUGCCAGGGCCGCCUGCCUGUUUCUGAACGUCACCAUAGCGACCAGAGACCAGAUGGAGCGAGCGGUGCAGCGAGGACUGGAGACGUGCAAGUUUGGCUGGAUAGCCGAGCAGAUUGCAGCCGUCCCACGACGUACGUCUGACAAAAAAUGCGGAAAGGGCAAGACCGGGCUGGUGCUGUGGUCCGCGAGCGAAGACAAGAAGUUCGGCGUUUUCUGCUUCAGAGCCUCAGAUUUAGAGGAAGCUCCUAAAACAACAGAAGCUGCCCCCCAAACCUCCACGUGUCCCACCACCCUGACAGCACCGACCCAGUCCUCUGCACCCACCACAGCUCGGCUUAAAUCGACAACAGGGGCUGCACCUUCGACAAAGCCACCGACAACGCAGUCCCCCGGGCCGACGUCGCUCCCUUUUACUCUCCUGUUCCAGACGACACGUUCAACUAGGCCUUCCUCCACCUCCCCUUCUCUUGGACCCUUCUCCACCCGCAUCCCCACAUCCCUUUCUCACCCUAUCACCUCAGGACCCACCGUCGCCACUUUUGCCUUUUCUACUUCUGCGUCGGCGCCGCCUCAGACUGUGAGCUCUGCAAAACCUUAUCUAGGAGCUGUACCGACGGCACUCAUCGUCCUCGGCGUCCUUCUCCCGCUUCUGGCGGCGGCAGGCGCGGCGUGGCACCACAGACUGAAUAUCUUCACCCUCCGGUCUCCGGGGCGGGCGAAGGACGACGCGGAGACGGAGAUGUGGAAGCGCGACGCCAGCGAGACGGACCUACGGGGCCGGCGCGGCGCAGAAGAGGACGACGAGUGCGAGGAAGCCGACGGGAGGUGCUCCGGCGACGUCCCGCUGUGCGCGAGUCCGGGCACCAAAAGACCCUCCUCAGAGUAGCUUCGUCUGCGGGGGGGGGGGUCUACAGUGAAAUGAAUGAAUCAACGCCACAGUGUCACCUGAUGAAUAUCAGUAAAUGUUUAACUAGAGGACGGUUUACUUCAUAAAUGCUAUGAUUGGCUUCUCUUACUUUUCAAAGUGACUGUAAAUACGCGCCUACUGUCCUUCUCAUGGCCUUGUUUUUUCCUCUAAACACACUUUUACCGAGAUUAAAAAGCUGCAUUUAUU